CAGGAGCCGGAGGCGGAGGCCCUGCCGCCUGCCACAGCUACACCUCCCGCACUGCAGCUGGUUGGGGUGGGGGGGAGAACACCCCUGCUCCCUGGGAGGUAUCGGGAUCUUUCAGCCUUCCUCCCCGCGGCAACGUCACACCUAACGGCCGUCUGGCUCGCUAAAAUCCUUGUUGGGAAGGAGGACCAGGACCCCGAGAGUCGAACUGAAUACAGUGGGAAUAAGAAACUAGGUGGAAGAACGACAAUGCUAACAUCCACUGCGAAAAGGAAGCAUACAAGCUCAAGUUGUUUUCCCCAGGCAAAAACCUGGACACACACCCCCACCCCUCCCACCCUCGCUCGCAGACUUGACUGGCACGCGCCGGGAGCCCGGGCCCGGGCCCCUCGGCGCGUCUGAUUGGCUGCGGGGCAGCUCCCGUCUGCUCUGCCUGCGCCCUCAUUGGGCGAGAGGCGCAGCCAGCGGCACUUCAAAGCGGGUGCUCCUCGCACUUAGGCUGAGUUUUGCCGGCGGGAGCCCAGAGUCCGCUCGGCGCGAGCGCGGGACCCGGGAGCCGUGCGGGACCCAAGCAGUUUUGGAGAGCAGCCGCCAGGCUUCACACCGCUCCCAGCCCCGCCGCGAAGCCCAGAGACCUGCUAUGGCCACGUCUAUACUCGGGGAAGAGCCGCGCUUCGGAACGACCCCGUUGGCCAUGCUGGCGGCGACCUGCAACAAGAUCGGCAACACCAGCCCACUGACUACGCUGCCGGAGUCCAGCGCCUUCGCCAAAGGCGGCUUUCACCCCUGGAAGCGCUCCUCGUCCAGCUGCAACCUCGGCUCCAGCCUCUCGGGUUUCGCUGUGGCCACCGGCGGCCGCGGCUCCGGCGGGCUGGCGGGAGGCUCGGGAGCUGCCAACAGCGCCUUCUGUCUGGCCUCCACGUCGCCCACGUCGUCCGCCUUCAGCAGCGACUAUGGCGGCCUCUUCUCCAACUCCGCGGCGGCGGCGGCAGCUGCUGCCGGGGUGUCCCCGCAGGAGGCGGGCGGCCAGUCGGCCUUCAUCUCCAAAGUGCACACGACGGCGACCGACGGCCUGUACCCGCGCGUGGGCAUGGCGCACCCGUACGAGUCAUGGUACAAGUCCGGCUUCCACUCGACGCUGGCGGCGGGCGAGGUGACCAAUGGCGCGGCGUCGUCGUGGUGGGACGUGCACAGCAGCCCUGGCUCGUGGCUGGAGGUGCAGAACCCCGCCGGGGGGCUGCAGAGCUCGCUGCACUCGGGCGCCCCCCAGGCCUCUCUGCACUCGCAGCUGGGCACCUAUAACCCCGACUUCAGCUCGCUCACGCAUUCGGCCUUCAGUUCCACUGGCCUCGGCUCCUCCGCAGCCGCCGCCUCGCACCUGCUCUCCACCAGCCAGCACCUGCUGGCCCAGGACGGCUUCAAGCCGGUGCUGCCCUCCUACUCGGACUCCAGUGCCGCGGUAGCCGCGGCCGCCGCCAGCGCCAUGAUCUCGGGCGCCGCGGCAGCUGCCGCCGGGGGUAGUUCGGCGCGCUCCGCCCGCCGCUACUCAGGCCGCGCCACCUGCGACUGCCCCAACUGCCAAGAGGCUGAGCGGCUGGGCCCGGCCGGGGCGAGCCUGCGGCGCAAGGGCCUGCACAGCUGCCACAUCCCUGGCUGCGGCAAGGUGUACGGCAAGACGUCGCACCUGAAGGCGCACCUGCGCUGGCACACGGGGGAGAGGCCCUUCGUGUGCAAUUGGCUCUUCUGCGGCAAGCGCUUCACGCGAUCGGACGAGCUGCAGCGGCACCUGCGGACUCACACGGGCGAGAAGCGCUUCGCCUGUCCGGUGUGCAACAAGCGCUUCAUGCGUAGCGACCACCUGAGCAAACACAUUAAGACGCACAACGGGGGCGGCGGGGGCAAAAAGGGCAGCGACAGUGACACGGACGCCAGCAACCUGGAGACGCCCCGCUCAGAGUCCCCCGACCUCAUCCUGCAUGACUCCGGCGUCAGUGCCGCCCGGGCGGCGGCGGCGGCGGCGGCGGCGGCAGCGGCGGCGGCGGCCUCCGCGGGAGGCAAGGAAGCUGCGACUGGCCCCAACGACUCCUAGAGGUUGGCGGAGAGGCGCGAGCAAGCGAGUAGAGACCCCCAGAGCGAGCGAGAGGUUCGGAGUGCGAGCGAGCGGGCGCACGGGAGGACAGGGGUUCCAGUGGGGCCCCGGAGCCCAGGCUGGGCGCGAGGUGGGGCCGCACCGGGCUCCCGGGCCGCGCUGGGAGUUGCCCUCCACCGAUUGCGCCCAGAUGAGUAUCGAACGUGUGGUCCAGAAACAAAAGCUCACCAUCCUCCGACACACUUUUAAAACUGCACACACAGACACACGCACACCCCGGAGACCCUCAACUGCAAGUACGCAUCCGCGCGCGCGCGCGCGCGCACACGCACACACACACACAGAGACACACACACACACACACACACUGCACUCGCACAAACUUCUCAGCGAAGAGCAAUACACAGAAACCCUCCUUCCCUCACUGCCCACUCCCUCUAUCCUCUGUCGUUUUCUCAAAAAAGAAAAAAAACAAAAAACAAAAAAAAAAAAACCCAAAACAAAACAAAAAAACAAAACAAAAACCUAGCCACCAUUCAGCAAAGGACUGUCAGAACCUUGGAACAAAAACAAACGAGACCUAUAAAAGCAGACCCUUUGUGUGGAUUAUAUUAUAUAUAAAAUGCUCCAAGUCCUGCUUGAUGUCUACUUACAAUGAGACUUUUUUCCUUAAAAAA